AUGAAGAUCUCCGCCAUAGCUCUGUUGGCUUCUGUAGCCACCCUCCUCCUCCCUGUUGUUGAAGGAUAUGGGGAGUGGGCAUCUUUCCACGGCCUCGAUGAGCAAACUUUUCACAACAAAUUCGAUGGCUACAUAAAACUCGAGUGGGUUCCCACCUAUUUAUCUGGUUUCACCAACUCUCACGGCAACGUUUCAUACAAUAUCGUUGUCGAGAAUCCCGAAAAGUAUCCAUCGUGGCAUACAUACUACGAACAAACGACCUAUGAUUAUAUGAAUGUUGCCAAGGAAAAAAAACAGCUGGGGUUCCGACUUGUCCAGAUUGAUGGUCAUACUGGUGUAAGCGUAAAUAGCUUUUUUACCAUCUGGAAUCACAACCGCAAUGAUAUCCCAUGGGCGGACCAUAUCAAUCAAUCCGGCGAUGAGUUCACAAAGGCGUUGAAAGACUACACUAAAAAUGGCUACAGACUUAAAAGUCUGAGCGGGUAUGGCUUCAGUGAGCGGCAGCAGCAGUUUGCUAGCGUGUGGGAGAAAGUGCCUGGACCUCCCCAGAGAGUGUACAUUGGCUUGACUGCUGCCGAGUACAAGAUCAAAUUCGACCAGGCGAGAAAAGACGGAUACUACCCAGUGAAAAUCAGCCCAUACAAUGUCGACACGGAGGUUCGGUUUGCUGGAAUCUUCGAGCACAUGGAUGGCAAUGCUGUUAAGCCGGAGUGUCAAUGGGGAUUGACAUCAGACGAAUACGUGAAGGUAUUUAACGAUUGGAGGAAGAAGGGAUACAAGCCGACUGUGGUUAACGGGUAUCGUGACAAUGGAAACAAGUAUGCUGCUAUCUUCAACAAGUUCCGCUAA